AUGCGCGUAACGAGAGCCUCAACUCGUGCGCGCACAGCAGCCAGUUUGGCCGCCGUAGCAAAUCAAAAAAACAAAAGAGCAGCCCGGCAAAAGUCUAAGCUUAAUAAGGAAAUCACCGCUGUCGAUGAUGGAUCCCAAGAAGCGGAAAACGCGCCAUCGUCUGCUGCUGUAAAUUUAAAAAAGGAAGAAAAGGAAUCAAUUGACGGAUUCGAAUUGGAAGUUAACGUUGAUCCGUCUAAUAAUAAGAGAAUGAAAUCGAAUGGAAAAGGUGGUAAUAAGAAGAGAAAGAUUGAAGUGAAUUCUAUGAUCAAGGGAGAACCUACAACAUCAUCAACAAUAAAUAUCAAAUUGGAAGAAUCAUCAACUACAAAUCUCAAUGAACCGAUAAAGAUGGAAGUAGACGAACAAGAACUUAAAAUUGAAAACCAUGACGUCACCGUCACUAUCAAUACUGAGGAAACUUCAUCGACGAAUAAUGAAUGUAUUGUGACCUCAAUUCCGCCAGAACUAUUCAUCCAAAUUUGUAAAUACUUGCCGCCAUCCGCUCUAUUGAGAUUGGCAAGAACCUGCAAGUUAUACUAUGGGUGGUUGUGUUCCAAAGAAUCAACCACCACACAACAAAUCUGGACAAACUCUAGAUUAGAGUUCGUUCGUUCCCUUCGAUUGCCUCCUCCGGAAGGGAUGGAUGAAAUCGCAUAUAUACGUCUAGUUCUAGAGCGAGGAUGCCAGAUCUGUGGCGCCAAGUUAAUUCACAAGGUCUAUUGGGCUUUUCGCGUGCGAAUCUGUCGCAAAUGUUAUGAAGCAAAGACCAUAAGCGAAUACCGAGUGCAUGAAGAUCCAAGAUUUAUAAAUUCCAAAAUUUUAUAUGGACUGCCAUAUAUUCAAACAACCUUGUGGAGUAGAACUAGACACCGCUCGUUCAUAUGUAGAUUCUACUGGCUUGAAGACGUCGAAAGAGCCAACGAAGAGUUCAAGUCACUUUCUCAUAGUCAACAAUACGAGUGGAUGCGGCAGAAAAUGCAAUACAUAACCGCGUACAUGCAAGAUGUAGAAGCUCGUGAAAGCGCGGUACGAAAUGAACGCCACGCUCGAUCCAUGGAAAGAACCAAUCAAUUGACGUCGCGUAGAGAAGAGCUUGAUCGAAGACUACAGAUCAUGGCACAAGAAACAGACGAAGAGAACAAUCCAAUUUACGAUAUCUAUCGUCUUCGUCAAUGCAAUUCUUAUAAGAGAGCGUGCAGGGUCGUGAAUGAGUUGAGUAAUCGCGCGUGGGCGAUGUUGUAUAAUAAGUUAGUGAGAGAAUAUCGUGGGUUGGGCUGA